UUUGCUGGUUGGUCUGGGCGGUCACACAAUCUGGAGGGCUAAUUGUUGCCAUGACCUUUCCUAAAGUCGAUCUGAAUAGUCUUAGCCUGCGAGUCAUGGCCAAUCUUAUUGAAGCAAUAAACAUACUUCUAGCAGCCGGAGUAUACAACGUUUUUGGACAAAUACUCAUAAAUGAGUCCGAGAGACUCUCUCUAGCCCUGUACUCCUGUGACUGGACCGACAAACCUCGCAGUAUGAGGCGAGGGCUGUACAUCAUGCAGAUGAUGGCGUCCAGACCUCUCCGUAUGACCAUUGGUGGUAUAUACACACUCGGCAUGGAGACAUAUGGCAAUAUACUAAACACAGUCUACUCAUAUGCCACCUUGAUCCAGGGGCUCAAGUAAGCUACAAAUAGAUGUUAAAUGUCAAAUUAAUGCAUUA